UGGUGAGAGAGAAGCUCACCAUUGCCAUGGCCAUGGCCAUGCAUGGAGAGAGAGGGAGAAGAAGCGGAAAGCAAAAUAGGGUUUGUGAGCUUGGACCAGAAGAUGGAGAUGGUUAUGAUGAAGAUAAGGGCGGUUGGUUGGCAAUGGCCGCCUCCUUCUAGAUUAACGAUGCAACCAAAGUUGUCAUUCGAAAAGCGAGGGAAUCAAAGCUCGAAAUAUGGGAGCAGAAAACGAGGCCACACACCUCUAAAAACCCCGACCUUUUCUCACUUCAUCAAUUUCUUAAAUUUUCUCUGCUUCUGUUUGAUUCUCGGGAAAAUUUUGAUCCUGUCUUCCAUCCAUGGAAUUGGCGUUUUCCACCUCUUCAUCAAGGUUCCGCUUCAGAGACCAUUCAUCCGCCACCGACUCCGACGUCUCCUCUAUCUCAAGCGACGGUGAUGACGAACCCGAUCUUGCAUCCAUGACUGGACAAGGGAUUAAGCAUCUUUGUUCGGAACUGUUGGAGUUAAAAUUGGCUUCAAAUGAAGAAUUCAACAAAAACAUUUUUUCAAAUUACUCGGUUUUCAUCAGAAUAUUUGAAGAAGCAAAGCAUUUGGGAACUGAGCUAGAAGAACUGAAAGACAAUAUUUCGAUUCAGAAGAGGUUAAUUAAAGAGCUCGUAGAUUUAACAUGUUCAAAGGUUUUGGUCUCAGAAGUAAUGGACCCUUUACUUGAACUAGAUUAUGUGUCUCCUGAACCAGUUUCCCCUCCAAGUGAGUUGGAAGAUCACAUAAACAACAUAUCAGAAAUAUUAGACGUUCUCCUAUUAGAAAAAAAGUUGGAUGAAGCCAUUGAAAUUAUAGAAAUAGAGGAAGAAAGUUUUAGAAAUAUGAAGUUUGAAGAAAGCUUUCCUUUGAAUGAGCUAGGCUUAUUGUAUGAUUCUAUGAUUUCUGAGAGGAAGGUAGCCCUCAGUCUCCAGUUGACUCUCUUAGCUGAAAACCCAAGAAUCACUGCGCCGGAACUCCGGAAGGCACUGUUGGGGCUAUGCAGGCUGGGAGAGGGUCAUCUAGCUAACGAAUUGAUGUUGAGAUACUAUCAUGCGCGAAUUGAAACCGGAAUACAUAGCUUGCAGUGUUCAAAAUAUUUUUCUAGUGAACUUUACAUAAGACAACUUGCAAAGCUUGUGUUUUCUUUGAUCUCUCAAGGGGCAAGAGGUUUUGUCAUGUUAAACGGAGAAACCAUGCCUUAUACAACAGAUCUUAUCCAGUGGUCACUAGAGGAGACCAAACUUUAUAUUGAUUGUUUCAAUCAAUAUAUCGAGUCCAUUUUAGAAGUAAGUGGGGGACUGUCAACAACAGUAGAAGCUGUCCAAGUUUCAGUUAUGUUUUGUUCUUUGUUAGACACUCAGAGACUAAUGCUGCUACCAUUCUUGAUUAACCAUAUCCGCCCUUCUUUGGAAGAUGCUCUACUUUCACAAUUUGAACACUUCAAGGAAGUCAUCAAUAUCUUUACCACGGUGGAUUCUUGGGAUUUGGGUAGGUAUCUUGUAUCUGAAAUUAUGAAUGAAGAAUGUAGUUCAACAAUUCUCGGGGAAGAACCUGAAUAUUGCCUGCUUACCAGCAGUGGUUGGAAGUUUUUAACUCUAGUGCAGACUAUUGCAGAAGAUGUUACUCCUUUAGUUGCCCUUCAAAUGGAAGAUUCAAUCUUUUCUGGACUCAUGAACCUAUUCAAUGGUUAUGUUGUUAUCCUUGAAAGAGCCCUCAUCCAUGAAAAAGAUGUCAUUGAAAAGGGUGUUCCAAUAAUGAAUUUUGCUGUAUCACUCCAACAACAGAUUUCUAUUCUAGCCAAUCUAUCAGCACUUCAGAUACUAUUCCCAAAAAUGGUUAGAGCCAUUAAUGAAGGCAUUCAUCCGUUCAAUACUGAUGAUAUGAAUGAACUAACCAUUAGUUCUCAAGAGACAGGACAUGAUAGAUUUACAUUAUUCACUCAAGAAGCUUCAAAUCAGCUGAGAACUCAAUUUUGCCACCAAUUUAUACAGAGAAUAAUGUCCUGUGAAAUUAGCCACAACAAACUCCUUGUCGAAAAUAGCAGUGAUGGAACACCCUCUGUCACAUUCCAGGUAUUAUUCUUGCAACUGAGAAACUUAGAAAGACUAGCUGAAGACACUGUUUUUGAAAAGGAAUGGUUACUUGACUUAUUGAGGGAACUUGUAGAAAUCACAUUUAUUCAUAUUUCAACUAAAACAGAGAUGUGGGCUAUUUCUGAGGAGACUUCAACUGCAGAAAAUUCAGUUGAUUACAAGCAGCUUGUUCUGGACUUUGCAUUUUUAGCUGAAAUUUCAAAGCAUGGAGGAUAUUUCUCAAGCAAACCUUCGGCUCUCGCAGAUCUCAUGAAAUCAGCUUAUCUUUCCAUAGGCCUGACUCCCGAAAGAGAUGUCAAUGAGAAUGAUUACGAGCUGGAUUCAACCAAUGAUGUGAUGAAAGAACUAAUUGAGAUUGAGAAGACAUCUCUAAUUAUACCAAAUGAAGAGUCUACGAGCAUUGUAAGAGAGGAAACUAAUGAAGACCAGCCCAAGUUGGCAGAUAAUUCCACAGACUCUAGUCCUCGAUUAGGACCAGAAGCGACACUAGGUGAUUUUUUGAAAGUGACAAGUUUUUCAAGUGAUAUAAGAUCAACAAAAAUAAACUUGGAAGAGCCUUCUACGAGUUCAGGAAUAAUUGAAUGUGAAAAUCUAAUAUACGAGUCACAUGAAACAAAGGUCAGUACUAAAAAAUAUAAUUCACCAAACUUACCAUUGUCUGUUGAUGCUGUUGAGGAAGGUGAUACCAAUCACCUUAGUAAGGAAUUUCCCUCUAUAUGAUUGAUUCUUUGUAAUUUUAGUAACAAAUUUAAUCAUAAACAGUUACUACUUAAUGUUCUUACUUUUUUUUUUU